CCGGAGCGGGGGAGGGGAAGGGCCCGGCCGCCGGCGGGCGCUGUGGAGGAGCAAGCGCGGUGCGAGCCUGGCCCCCCACUGCGCGCCCGCCGGAGAGCCCGUCCGUCCGCUGCCUCCCGCCUAAGCCCGAGCCCCCGAGCCCGCGCGCACGCUCGUCCUCCGGUCCUGGAUACGGUUACGCAGCGGGCAGAGGCACACACAGCCCAGCCGCGCGCCUCAGCCCGGAGCCGCGCUAUGAAGUCUUAUACUCUGUAUUUCUUGCUCCUGUGGAGUGCUGUUGGGAUAGCCAGGGCUGCCAAAAUCAUCAUCGUGCCGCCAAUUAUGUUUGAAAGCCAUAUGUACAUUUUCAAGACUCUGGCCACAGCAUUGCAUGAGAGAGGCCACCACACAGUGUUCCUCUUCUCAGAAGGCAGAGAUAUCGCCCCUUCUAAUCAUUACAGCCUCCAGCGCUACCCAGGGAUCUUCAACAGCACCACCUCAGAUGCUUUCAUGCAGUCCAAAAUGCAGAAUAUUUUUUCUGGGAGAUUGACAGCCAUUGAACUGUUUGACAUACUGGAUCAUUACACCAAGAACUGUGACAUGAUUGUUGGCAACCAAGCCCUCAUCCAGAAUCUGAAAAAAGAAAAGUUUGACCUGCUGCUGGUGGACCCAAAUGACAUGUGUGGAUUUGUGAUAGCUCAUCUCUUAGGGGUUAAAUAUGCUGUGUUCUCAACUGGCCUUUGGUAUCCUGCUGAGGUGGGGGCUCCUGCCCCGUUAGCCUACGUCCCAGAGUUUAACUCCCUCCUCACAGAUCGCAUGAACUUGCUGCAAAGGAUGAAAAAUACCGGAGUUUACCUCAUUUCCAGAAUAGGAGUCAGCUUUCUGGUUCUUCCCAAAUAUGAAAGGAUAAUGCAGAAGUACAACCUGGUGCCGGAGAAGUCCAUGUACGAUCUGGUCCACGGUUCCAGCCUGUGGAUGCUGUGCACUGACGUGGCGCUUGAGUUUCCAAGACCCACUCUGCCUAAUGUUGUUUACGUUGGAGGGAUCCUGACCAAGCCAGCCAGCCCACUGCCAGAAGACCUCCAGAGGUGGGUGAAUGGUGCUAGUGAACACGGCUUCGUCCUGGUGUCCUUCGGAGCUGGGGUCAAGUACCUCUCAGAAGACAUUGCUUAUAAAUUGGCAGGCGCUCUGGGGAGAUUGCCCCAAAAAGUGAUUUGGAGGUUUUCUGGAACCAAACCAAAGAAUCUAGGAAACAACACAAAACUCAUAGAGUGGUUACCACAGAACGACCUGCUUGGGCACUCAAAUAUUAAAGCCUUCCUGAGCCAUGGAGGUCUGAACAGUAUUUUUGAAACUAUGUAUCAUGGUGUUCCAGUGGUGGGAAUCCCACUCUUUGGAGACCAUUAUGAUACUAUGACCCGGGUGCAGGCUAAAGGCAUGGGGAUAUUGCUCGAAUGGAAGACGGUUACUGAAGGGGAGUUAUAUGAAGCUCUGGUGAAAGUUAUCAAUGAUCCCAGCUACCGCCAGAGAGCUCAGAAGCUGUCGGAAAUCCACAAGGACCAGCCUGGCCACCCUGUCAACCGGACCGUGUACUGGAUAGACUACAUCCUGCGCCACAACGGAGCCCACCACCUGCGGGCUGCUGUGCACCAGAUCUCCUUCUGUCAGUAUUUCCUGCUGGAUAUCGCCUGUGUGCUCUUCCUCGGUGCUGCCUUGGUUUACUUCCUCUUGUCCUGGGUCACAAAAUUUAUCUGCAGAAAAAUCAGAAGCCUAUGGUCUAGAAAUAGGCAUAGCACAGUUAACGGACACUAUCACAAUGGAAUCCUGAAUGGCAAAUACAAAAGAAAUGGCCAUAUUAAGCAUGAGAAGAAAGUGAAAUGAGCCAGAAACCCAGGUGAUGGAAACACAUAUGUUCAGUCAUUGAAUUUUUAUUGCAAUAAUUUAGUCUAACAGCUACUAAAAAUAAAAUGUCAGUAAACAAGUCUAAUACUCCCUUAUCAGAUCUUACUAAUGAAAUUCUGUGGAAUUAAGAUGGCUGUAAAGAGCACAAACCUAAAAUAUGCAAAAAUGUGUUUUAUUCAAAUAUUGAUGCAGAGUUUUGGCACUGAACCUUUUAGAAGCCUUAAUUAUUUAAGUCAAUUAAGUGACUGUGUCAGACCUUAGUUUUAAAUCUUGAUGUGUGUUUGUCACAGAUAAGCAGUGGUUUCUUUUCUAUUGAUAAUGUUUGGAUAUGUGUGUGUGUGUGUAUGUAUAUGUCUCCCAAUUCAGAGUGUUAUAGUUAGCUGCUUAUUGUUAGGGUACCACAUUCAAACAUGAGGUAAAAAGUUAGGACCCAGUGUUUCUCUUGGCAUUUACCAUGUGUGAACUCAGAACAUUAUGGUGAAAGAAUACUUUUCUCUCAACACUGAAUGUAGAGGAAGGAUAUGAAAAGAGAAAUAACACAGCUUUUUGCACUUUUUAUUUUUAAUUUUUUUUUCCUUUUCCUUCUCAUUGGUUAGGACUAUGAACAUUUUCAGGGCAAAACAUAUAAUUAAAGUAGUUGUAUAAAUUUGUUGUCCCAUCUUACUUUAAAUUUUUCCCUAUGAAUAUUUUCCCUCUGGAUGAAUUUUAUAGUUUUUCUAUUUUGUUUUAAUGAAUAAUGUUGUGUUCAGUGUGUAACUAAGACAAACAACAAAACUCUGACUUCUGUUGAAACUACUGCAGACUAUUGCUCAGACAACCUUUGCAAACAGAGCCAUUGCUCGGAUGUUUAUUGUAACUAUUUGAAAGCUUUUCCACACUGUACAUUUGGAGUGUUCAGGUGUUACAGUUCCACAGUUUUAACCUAAAACACCAUCUUUCUCAUCGCUUUUAUUGUGUGAGUCACACAAUCCAUAGUACAUAGGUGCCAACAGUUUAUUUUUCUAAAGUGGAACUUUGAGGUUCUCUUUGCGGGUACCUGCUUUGUCUGCAGAGGCCUGAGGUCUUGGUACCAAGUCAGACGCCACGUGAUAACAGACCUGACAGAAGUCGUCCCACUGUUUGUGCAGAAGAGUUUCUGUUUUCCUCUUCACUCCUGCGGCCCCAACGCAGCAGCCUUUUCCAGUCAGCAGCACGGCUGCGAUGAAGAGUGACAGUAUUCUUUUAGAGCAAGGAUGCAAGUCACAGCCACCAGAAAGUCUGGUCCUCCCUGCUGAGGCGUUCACUAGGUAGCAGCUGUAAGUUUAUCCCAUGUCAUUCUGUUUACUUAGCAUUUGCACUACACACGUUGAGUUUAUGCUUUAUUUAUUUGUAGAUUGAAAUCUUGUAUCUGACAGCUGAGAGUAGCAGAGUACAUUUACUUAAGUCAUUUACUAACACGGAAGAGUUGUGCAAAUUCUAGAAUGCUGUGAAUCCUUGUCAUACACGGUGACAUAAUGACUUUAUUCUCCCACCAGGAGCCAGUCUCCUUUAGCAGAAAUCAGUGUCACAAGUAGUUUGCUGAUGCACAUGCAGACAGCUGUACUGCUCUCUGAAUACUUGAAGAAAUGGCAUUACAUGUAGAAGCCAGUAGUUUUAUACCUUUCACAAUCUUACCACAACUUUGCUGUUCAAAGGGAAAAAACACAGGCAGUGAAUGGUGGGAUGGUACAGGCCUUUAGAGUGUAUGAAUGAGGUGACUCUGCUGUUUUGGAAUUUGAAGUCAACAGUAGGCGCUGGCUGUAUGAAUGAGUAAGCGUAGGUUAAUCUCCACUGUGAUAAAAACUUUAAUAAACAUGAUUUAAAAUAGAGAAAUGUUGUUGGAAUAAAAUUUUUAUUCAGAUUUUAUUUCAUAAUAUUUUGUGUAUUAUAAACAUGUUUCUAAAAUAGGUUGCCCAACUUUUGUAUGUGUAUAUGAGUGUGAAAACAGUGUAUUAAAUGUGAUAAUGUAUUUUUGUUAUUUAACAGAGGGGUUUACAGGUACAUCAUCGUGAACCUUAAACUUGUGUCCCCCAGUUAAGAAUGUUAAAUAUAGGCAUUUACUGCUCAUUGUUAUUCUGUUUCCCGAAAGCUUAUUGUUAGCCAGUUUGGGUAAAUAGAGUGAUUUUAAAAUUUUCACACUUGGGCCAGUUUCUCUAAUAAAGUUAAGUUUUCAAGAA